AUGGCACUCUCCUCCUGCUAUGCUAUAAAGCUAACUCCAAUCAAGUUUCAACAGAAUCUAUCGGCCCCUCUACAAGAUAAGGAUCGAAAACGAAAACGGGCGCAAGGACCUAAAGAGCCACCCAUUGGUGCGCCAUCCAAGCCCCUUCUAAAGCGACCACGAACAUCUGUUGCAUACUUGGCUUUUGGGGAUACAUCUGGCCAGUCGACGACUGAUGAUGUCGCAGAUACCAAGAUCAAUCCAAUCAUUCAUUGGAUUGAGAAGCAAAGGUGGCCGAAGGAAUACUUCGAACAAGACUAUCAGACCAGGAGGGAUUUCGAAAAGGACAGCUGGUUUGAGAAAUACUGGGAGCCAGAGAACAAAAUGAAUCACAUACUUGCAAGGAAGAAGUCGGCAUCCUCCCUUCGCGGCAAACAGUCCGAAGCCAGCUCUGCUGGCUCUAGUGAUCAAAAGCCAAGGGAUAUCAAAAGUGCUCCAUACCAAGAUGCCCGUUAUGAAACUAUACUUGCGACCAAAGGCAGCUUCAUGGGAAAAUCCCAAUUAGGAGUUACAGCCACGAGCAAGGACCUUUGCCGAACCCUCCUCGAGAUCGAGCAAACAUUCCCUGACAAUUCCUUAUUUCAUGAUGAUCUAUUCGAAGACACCUGCGAGAUGGUACGGAACAAAAAUGAGGCCAGAGUUGUCCGGGAUAUUUCUCCAUUAAUAGUCCCUCCUGCAGAAGUCCUAGCCAUACGCGGCGCCAAACAUCUCAAAAUUCUAAUCGAAAGUGUAAAUGAAGGCUGGAACAAUUCCAUCCCCAUCACCAAAACCCGUCCGCAACCCGACUACUCCGUAGCAUUCAGGCGGGAGGCGUUCACGGAAGCUCAGCUUAAAAGGAUUGAACCUUUCGUGGGCGAGCUCACAGAAACAUCUUUCUUUAUGGCGACGUACUCCAUGUACUUCCCAUUCUUCACCUGCGAAGCAAAGUGUGGUGCUGCAGCGCUUGAUGUCGCAGACAGACAAAAUGCUCAUAGCAUGACGAUGGCGAUGAGGGGUAUAGUCGAACUCUUCAGACUUGUUAAGCGCGAAAAAGAGCUUCAUCGACAAAUUCUUGCAUUCUCGAUUUCGCAUGAUCACAGUUCGGUGAGAAUCUACGGUCACUAUCCUCUGGUUGAAGAAGACAAGACCACCUUCUACCGCCACCCGAUCCAUAAAUUCGAUUUCACGGCAAUGGAAGGCAAGGAGAAGUGGACGGCGUACAAGUUUACUAAGAACGUUUACGACAUAUGGAUGCCGGAUCACUUUAAAAGAAUCUGUUCGGUAAUCGAUACAUUGCCACCCGAUAUAAAUUUUGAGGUCUCGCGGCAGUCCGAGCCAGGGGAAUCCAGACUUUCUCAGGGGUCAGAGAGCCACCAUCUCUCUAACUAUUCAAGUCAGCUGCAGGAGGAAGCUGACAGACAAUCAAUCCGCAUUUCUUCACAAAAUAUCACCCCGCAAACUUCUGUCUCUGAGCGGAUCGAGAGUAGUAUUAAAAAAGGCACGAACAAGAGGCCCGCCUGUGGAAUUACAUCGGGAGGGGAAGACUAA